AUGGCUCAAUUUACCCCCUCAGGUAAAUCUGAUGAUCGCGUGACAGAAGGAUGCGAUGAAACAAGUGGACUGGUUGUUUGUUUUGGUGAGUUGUUGAUAGAUUUUGUGCCGACAGUUGGUGGAGUGUCGCUAGCUGAAGCGCCCGCUUUCAAGAAAGCUCCUGGUGGUGCUCCUGCGAAUGUUGCAGUUGGCAUCUCUAGGUUGGGGGGUUCGUCUGCAUUUAUAGGCAAGGUUGGAGCAGAUGAAUUUGGUUAUAUGUUAGCCGAUAUUUUGAAGCAAAAUAACGUUGGUAUAUCUGGCAUGCGGUAUGAUUCUAUUGCAAGAACUGCAUUGGCUUUUGUUACACUUAGAGCAGACGGCGAGCGCGAGUUCUUGUUUUUCCGAAAUCCUAGUGCUGAUAUGCUCCUGCAUGAGUCAGAGCUUGAUCACAACCUCAUUGAGAAGGCUAAAAUAUUCCAUUACGGUUCCAUCAGUUUGAUUGACGAGCCAAUCAAGUCAGCUCAUCUUGCUGCCUUGAGAAUUGCUAAAGACUCUGAUUGCAUUCUCUCGUAUGAUCCGAAUUUGAGAUUAGCACUAUGGCCAUCACCCGAGGCUGCUCGGGAUGGUAUAAUGAGCAUAUGGGAUCUAGCCGAUGUCAUAAAGGUCAGUGAAGAUGAGAUUACGUUUUUAACAGGCGGCGAUGAUCCUUAUGACGAUAAUGUUGUAUUAAACAAGCUUUUUCAUCCUAGUCUCAAGCUUCUAAUUGUUACUGAAGGGUCAGAGGGUUGUAGAUAUUACACCAAGGAUUUUAAAGGAAAAGUCAGAGGUGUAAAAGUUAAACCCGUUGACACAACUGGUGCUGGUGACGCAUUUGUUAGUGGGAUUCUCUACAAGAUAGCUUCUGACCCAAGUAUUUUCAAGGACGAGAAGCGUCUCCAAGAAGCGCUAUAUUUCGCCAAUGUAUGUGGCGCGAUCACGGUGACAGAUAGAGGGGCAAUUCCUGCACUACCUACGAAAGAUGCUGUCAUGCAAUUCAAUGCAAAAUAG